AACGUUACCAUCAGUUGUGUUCGAGAGUUUGAACUGUGAACAUCACAAGAAGCCCUUGCCCCUGGAGUAACGUACCCACUAAGCUCAUGCGCGCGAUCCGAACCAUUAUCAAGUGAAGUAGAAGAAACGUGAAGGAAACUGCAACACUGUAAUUAUAAUAAUUUUCGCGACCGUGCACCCUUCCAGUGAUUUGCUUUCCGUCGGUUUGAUAGCAGGAAAGUGCGAUUUUAAAAGUGAGUGAAAGAGAAUCAGGAAAAUUCUCUGAUUCAAAAAAAAAUCAGAAACAAAGUGUUCGGAAAAGAAACGAGUGAAAAGUAUUAAAGGUGUUAUCAUUUUUCGGAGGAAAAUAGCAUCAUUUUACCGCAAUAAGUUACAUUCCGGGACGCGUGCGAGUGGACCCAAUUCUUCUUCGGACAAGACACAGAGGCUCAGAAAAUCCUUGAACCGAUAAUACGCCCACGCGAGUGGAUUCGUUGCGACAGCUAAAUACGUCUUUUGGAGCAGAGCAAACAGCAAGUAAAAAAAACACAUUCAACAAAAUGACCGAAACAACCGAAGCGCCCGUCGUUGCCGAGGUCAAGACCCCAUCUCCGACGACCAAUGAAGCUCCGGCCGCCACCACCAAUGGCCAUCACGAGGAGCAGCCGGCCACCAAUGGGGAGGCCAAAUCGUCGACCGACGACAAAUCGUCCACCAAGUCGUCGGAAAAGGGGGCGGCGGCCCCAGCCGAACCGGAACUGCCCCCGGCCAAGGAGAUGCGAGCCGUCACACUGACCGGGUUCGGUGGGUUCAAAAAUAUCAAGAUCCUGAAGAAGCCGGAACCGACGCCGGCCGCCGGGGAGGUGCUUAUCCGCGUCAAAGCAUGUGGCCUCAACUUCCAGGACCUGAUGGUGCGCCUUGGAGCCAUCGAUUCGCCCCCGAAAACGCCAACCAUCCUCGGGUUCGAGUGUGCCGGAGAAAUUGAAGCCGUCGGCGAGGAAGUCGAAGGAUUCAAGGUCGGGGAUCGGGUGGUAGCUCUGCCGGAGUUCCGGGCCUGGUCCGAACUGGUGGCCGUCCCAGUCAAGCACGUGUACCACAUUCCGGAGGAGAUGACAUUCCAGGAUGCGGCCGCCAUCGUGAUGAACUACCUGGUCGCGUACAUCCUAAUCUUCGAUUUGGUCUCGCUGCGGGAGGGCAAAUCGAUCCUGCUGCAUUCCGUGGGAGGCGGUGUGGGUCAAGCCAUUGUCCAGUUGGCUCGCACGGUUCCGAACGUCACCAUCUUCGGGGUGUGCUCCAAGUCCAAGCACGAAGCUCUGGCGGCUACCGGCUUGAUCGACCAUCUGAUCGACCGUACCGACUACGUCAACGAAGUUAGGAAGAUCACAACCGAGGGUGUGGAUAUUGUACUGGAUUGCCUGUGCGGUGAGGAAUGCAACCGUGGCUACGGACUGCUGAAGCCGAUGGGCAAGUAUGUCCUCUACGGAUCCUCCAAUGUGGUCACCGGUGAGACCAAGAGCUUCUUCAGCGUCGCUCGUUCGUGGUGGCAGGUGGACAAAGUGUCCCCGAUCAAGCUGUUCGACGAGAACAAGAGCUUGGCCGGUUUCAACCUGCGGCAUCUGCUGUAUCAGCAGGACGGAUCCGAGUACAUCCGUUCGACGGUCGAUAAAAUCUUCGGUCUGUGGAAGGAUGGCAAGGUGAAGCCGGUGGUGGACAGCGCCUGGGCCCUGGAGGAUGUGGCCGAAGCCAUGCAGAAGAUGCACGAUCGCAAAAACAUCGGCAAGUUGGUGCUGGAUCCGGCCCUGGAACCGAAACCGAAACCGGCCACCCCGGCCAAGGCCAAGAACAAGAAGCAGGCCAGCGAGGACAAGAGCGGCAAGAAGGAUAAGGACGAUAAGCCGGCCGAGAAUGGCGAGGAGAAGAAAGAGGACGAGGAAGCCAAAACCAAUGGGGAGGAAGCCGGCGAAGCCAAGGAAAAUGGUGACAGUGCUGAAGAGAAGAAGGAAGAGGCACCGGCGGCCAGCAAUGGAGAAGCCACCGAAAGCGAGAAAAAAGAAUCAAGUUGAACGCCCUAAGUUGAGUGCCUCUGUUCCGCAUAUUCCAGCGAAUCAUCAGCCGCCAAUUGUAUCAAAUAAAAGUUUAAUAACAAAAAUUAAAGCAAAACCAUACUCACAUCAUCCUGGCAAAAAAGGAAAGGAAGGAACCAUCAACGGCACAACAAUCAUUCUGUGGCAUCCUGCACGCAAACACACACCCACGUCAAGUGCUCCUCAGAAAAGAUUUCCGGAACUGCUUCAAGAAAAUCGGCAAAACUUCAGAUAUUUUGUUCCAUCGUUUCCAUUGUUUCAAAGCGAAAAAUUUCAUCACUUAACUACGAUAGUUUUGUUCCACACACACACUCAGUAUAAGAUUUAAUGUAAUGUCAUAAAGUUUGUCUUUAAACGUGAUCUCGAUUCAUAGCGAAUGCUGCGGUUCUUAAGUUUGAUUGGAACCGUUACUGGGAUAUAUUGUAAAAGUUAAUGAAGGUUAAACAAAAGUCAAACUAUCUUAAACUUCUAGAAUGUUGUAGUUUUCAGGAUCGCUGCAGAAUUUCAUAUGGAUAGCAAAAUUUUCCUCCCAACACAUUGUGAAACUGAAAAAGGAAAACAAAACAGGAUUGCUCCAGAUUUAAACACAACAUCCACAACAAAAUAAAAAUGUCAUUAAAACCCAUCACUCAUCAUGAUCCCAUUAAACAAGUUAAAACGAAAGCUAAAAUUAGUUACGAAGAAACAAAUCAAGCACAAGUUCACAACAUUCUUUCAGUUGAUAAGCGUUUUUUUAGUGAUAGACCCUAUUAAUUUAUCGUCUUGAUUUCGAGGACCUUAUUGAGUUAGUUAGAGAGAGAAAGAGCGCGCGAAACAAAUUGAAAAAAAAGCAGAAGCAAAAAUUUAAAAUUUUUAACUAUGUGUCAUUUAAUAUUGUAAUAUUUAAAUAUAUAUACGUUUAAAUCUAUAAUAUGUAUAACUAAGCAAAUGAAUUGAUUGAUUUGAAUCUAUUAUUACAAACACACAAGAAAAAAAAAACUAGCGAACGGGGGGACCCCACACGUCUUGUUGGAGAAUUUGACCCUACACUCUAUUGGUUUCCUUAAAGUAAAAUGUUUAAUUUGUUUUUUUUUGUCUCUCGCUCGCUCGCACGCGACGAAAUAGAGAAAUAUGAGAUCGUUUACAUUCUGUUAGCAGCAGCGCGGACGAACAACAGACAGACACGUGUGGGGUUUGGUAAGAGUGCGGCUUGAGCAAGAAGCGAACAAACUGUUGUUACUGCAAUUUCGCAACGAGUAUAAGGUAAAAAAAGAGCAAAUAAACUUAGCGGAAUACGGAAGGAUACGGUUACGGCUAGUUUGUUGUGAUUCCCGGUGGGUAAUUUGUUCCUUUCGGUUUGGCGUUUGCGUUUUUUUUCUUUCUCCGGUUGCAGAUGAACACCACCAGAUUGAGGAGAUAUUUUUGUCUUUUGUAUAAAUUUUAAUAUUUUUAUAUUUUAAUAAAUUUGACAGUGGAUUGAUAAAAAAGUGUA